CCUCCUGUGUCUUGUGGUGUCAGCCUGCGAGGACAUCGGCGCUGACUUUCAUUGUUACUUGUCCCUUCAUUAGCUGCGCAGAUUGCUUAAGAGGAUGGCACUCUUUGGAGUUUGACCUAUGAGCGCUGAUAGUGAAAAUAACGUACUUCUCACCAGAGCUGCAGGAGACCGAACGAGUAACUUCGGGCAAUUAGUUUAACUUUGACUAUAAAUAUUCCUCCUCGUUCCUUGUGACACUGUUAACAGCUCCGCUGGCAAAUCCCCAUUCUCUGGCAAUAUUUAAGCUGCCCGUCAGCUGGCAGAAGCUCGGUGGUGCCCAGCGCGAGGGAGCAGAAUGAGACCCAGCUGAGCGCAAUCUGUGCCCAGAGGAAGCGCCCAUCCUGCACAAGGAGCCAUGGAGAGCACCAGCAGCACCCCAUCAUCGGUGACACCCCCGUGGGAUGUGUUUCCCCAGAAGACGCUGGGUCCCAUAGACAUCACUAUCCUCGUGCUGUACUUUGUGUUUGUCCUGGCUGUUGGGCUGUGGUCCAUGUGGAAGACGCAGCGCAGCACGGUGAAAGGCUACUUUCUGGCUGGGGGACAGAUGGUGUGGUGGCCUGUGGGCGCAUCCCUGUUUGCCAGCAAUGUUGGAAGCGGGCACUUCAUUGGCCUGGCGGGGUCAGGAGCUGCAUCGGGAAUCGCUGCGACAGCCUAUGAGUGGAAUGGCAUGUUUUCUGUUUUGGUGCUGGCGUGGUUAUUCCUUCCCAUUUACAUAGCAGCAGGAGUGACCACCAUGCCGGAGUACCUGCGCAAACGCUUCGGUGGAAAAAGAAUCCAGAUAUUCCUGGCGAUUCUCUACUUGUUUAUCUAUAUCUUCACCAAGAUAUCGGUUGAUAUGUAUGCUGGGGCCCUCUUCAUUCAGCAAGCUUUGCACUGGGACCUCUACAUUGCUGUGGCAGGCCUGCUAGCAAUCACUGCUGUCUACACCGUAGCAGGUGGUCUGGCCGCUGUCAUCUACACGGAUGCAUUGCAGACCCUCAUCAUGCUGAUCGGUGCCCUCAGCCUCAUGGUCUUCAGCUUUGUUGAAGUUGGCGGUCUGGAAGGAUUGCAAGCAAAAUACUUUGAUGCCAUUCCCAGCACCCGCAAGGAGAACAGCAGCUGUGGCUUGCCAAGGAAAGAUGCUUUCCACAUCUUCCGGGACCCUGUUAACUCCGACCUUCCCUGGCCAGGGGUGCUGGUGGGGAUGACCAUCCCAUCCCUGUGGUACUGGUGCACUGACCAGGUCAUCGUUCAGAGGUCCCUCGCUGCUAAAAACCUCUCACAUGCCAAGGGAGGCUCCCUGAUGACCUCCUACCUGAAGAUUCUGCCCCUCUUCAUGAUGGUGAUGCCAGGCAUGAUCAGCCGGGUCCUCUUCCCAGACCUGGUGGCUUGUGCAGAGCCGGAGAUUUGUCAGAAAAUCUGUGGCAACCCAUCUGGCUGUUCUGAUAUCGCUUAUCCAAUGCUGGUGAUAGAGCUCCUGCCUGUAGGACUCAGGGGCCUAAUGAUGGCCGUGAUGAUAGCAGCCCUCAUGUCCUCCCUCACAUCCAUCUUCAACAGUGCCAGCACCAUUUUUACCAUGGACCUCUGGAAACACUUCCGGCCUCGAUGCUCCGAAUGGGAGCUCAUGAUCGUUGGCAGGGUCUUUGUGCUGCUCCUUACAGUGGUCUCUAUCCUCUGGAUCCCACUGGUCCAGGCUGGCCAGGGUGGACAGCUCUUCAUUUACAUCCAGUCCAUCAGUUCUUACCUGCAGCCCCCUGUGGCAGUGGUGUUCAUACUGGGCUGCUUCUGGAAGCGAGCGAAUGAGAAGGGAGCGUUCUGGGGCCUGGUGCUGGGGCUGCUGAUGGGCAUCAUCCGGAUGGUGCUGGAUUUCAUCUUCCCUGAGCCCCAGUGCGGGGAGCGGGACACGCGGCCGGGUGUGCUGCGCUACAUGCACUACCUCUACUUCUCCAUGGUCCUGGCUGCCGUCUCCACGCUCACUGUGCUGCUCGUCAGCCUGCUGACAGAACCUCCCUCAGAGGAAAUGAUAAGUCGGCUUACCUGGUUCACACGCGGGGAUCCUCCAGCCAAGACAGACCUAGCGGUCAGCUCUUCUCCUGACACUGCCAAAGGAACGCGCCAAGCUGAGCGUCCAGCUCUCCAGAUUGAUAUAAGCAUUGCCUCUGAAAAUAGUACAAAUGAUAACAAAUGUCCGACUGGCACCAAGAAGGACUCGAAGCUGGUGAGGACCCUCCUGUGGCUCUGUGGGAUGGAACGGAGGCAGGAGAACCCCGAGGAUGUGGCGCCAGCCAAACCUGAGCGUCCCAUGGCUUCCCUGGAGGAGAACCCACUGGUGAAGCAUGUCCUGAACAUCAACUUGAUACUGAGCAUAUGUGCAGGGGUCUUCCUCUGGGCCUACUUCGCAUAGUGGCCCGCCGCUUGAUCCCAAAUGACAUCAACUAAUGUUAACUGGUGUAAAUAAUAAUAAAUAGCAGAAGGUUAAUGUAA